CAAAAUGCCACCCUCCCAAAUCCUGGUGCCCUGAGCCACCGCCUAGGUCGCCUAAAUGGAAGCGCCGGCCCUGCUCUGCUGGCAAACUGCCCAUCUAAUUACCAUGCAAUAAAACAGCAUCCAGAGGAAUGAAACAAGAGGUUUGGGCUACUGCUGCCCUCUCCAGAGAGCUUGCAGCUCCCAGCUUCUAAAGAUCCGCUCCGGAGGCAGACUCAGCGGGCUGCAGCAGCCAGCUGUGGGGACCUGCAGGAAGGGGCAGAGCUGGGUGGACCCUAAGACCCAGGGCUGCCCCACGCAGCGACGCUGGCUGCCCACGCCCGAGGACCGCCCUGCGAGUGCUUUUGCAGAGAGGAGCCUGAAGUGUCACAACUCAUCAGCAUCCGGGCCAGAUUCUUACGGCGGGCUUGAGGGAGCACCAGCAGGGCCAACCGCUACCGAGCUGCUGGCAUGUGAGGGCCAAACGGAGCCUGCUCUGCGAACUAGGGCGUUUACCCAGGUCCCCAGCCAGUUAGCUCCCGCGUGGGAUUGCGUGGACCUGGUGCGAGUUUCCGCGAGCGAGGAUUGCAGGACUGGCCUGAGUCAGAGCACGGGGACUCUCCUGGGCUGGCCCCUGCUCGCAAACUGCCCAUCUAAUUCCUGUGCCAGCCAUCAGGAUCCACAGGGAUAUCAGACAAGAGGUUUGGGCUACCGCUGCCCUCUCUAGAGAGCUUGCAGCUCCCAGCUUCGUACGGCUGCUCCAGUCCACGGCUGUCACCGACAAUCUCCGCAAUUCCCUCUUCCUCACGCUCAUUCCCGUGGGAGCAAUCGGGUGCGCGAUGGACAAGCACCAAGGGAAAACAGGAGUGGUCAAAGGCUAUUUUCCAAAGAGCCAUCUUCAUGUCAUGGGUUUCAGCACGCUGCUGUGCUUCAGUUUUGGCUACCUUUGGUAUGUUUUCAGUGGUACCUCAAGCAAGGUCUCCGACACAACGAGCAGUAAUACCCAGGACUUUCACAAUAUAAAGAAACCAAGCAACCAUAUCCUGGAAGAUUUACUACAAAUUGAAUUGCCAAGAAUGAUUUACACAAAGCCACAGAUUCUAAAGCCACCGAGAUGUGACGUCCUUAUGAUGACUCCAUGGUUUGCUCCAAUAGUUUGGGAAGGGACCUAUAACUCCGAGAUCCUGAAUGAGCAGUUCCGACAAAGGAAUGUCACUGUUGGACUGACAGUGUUUGCUAUCAAAAAGUAUGUAGUCUUCCUCAAGACAUUUUUAGAAACUGCAGAGACUUACUUUAUGGUUGGACAUAGGGUGAACUAUUACAUUUUCACAGACAGACCAGAAGAAGUUCCUAAAGUUGCGCUCAAAGAAGGAAGGAACGUAGUGGUUCUGCAAGUUCAAAACUACCCUAGAUGGCAAGAAAUCUCUAUGCGACGAAUGGAAAUGCUCAGCUACUUCUCUCAGCAGCGGUUCAUUAAUGAGGUCAGCUACCUUGUGUGUGUUGAUGUAGACAUGAGGUUUAAUGACCAAGUUGGAGUGGAGAUCCUGAGCGACUUGUUUGGCACACUACACCCAGGUUUCUAUGCCGCAGAGCGUCGGUCUUUCACCUAUGAACGUCGACCUGCUUCUCAAGCUUAUGUGCCCAGCGAUGAGGGUGACUUCUACUAUAUGGGAUCCAUUUUUGGAGGAACAGUAAUGGAGGUUUACAAGCUGACCAAGAAAUGCCACGAAGCCAUCAUGGUGGACAAAGCCAAUGGAAUUGAGGCAAUCUGGCAAGAAGAGAGUCACUUAAACAAGUAUUUUCUUUACCACAAACCAACCAAAAUACUUUCUCCAGAAUACAUGUGGGACGACAAUCUAGGUAGGCCAGAGAUCCUUAAGAAAAGAAGGUUUCUUGCUGUACCAAAGAAUCAUGCUGCAAUCAGAAAUAAAUGAAGUUCAUCUCAGACUGGUCUUAGUGUGAACUAACAUAACUGAUAUUGUAGGUUUCCUUGGUUGAUGAAAAUAUACAAAACAAUUGAUAAAGCUUCAUAACUUUUUAUGACAUCCCCAGUAUUUCUGGAUAUGGGAAUGGUUUGCAAGAUGUUGCUGUGAUGUUGCUCUCCAUAUGUUUUAUGGAAAUAUGCUAAUGAGUGUGAAUAUAAUGUAAUUGGAAUAUGCUUCAUGCUAAAGGUCUCUUGUAAGAUAUCAUUACAAAGUUUAUAAUCUACUGCAGGGGUCGGCAUCCUUUCAGAAGUGCUGUGCCGAGUCUUCAUUUAUUCACUCUAAUUUAAGGUUUCGCGUGCCGGUAAUACAUUUUAAUAUUUUUUAGAAGAGUUCUCUAUAUAAGUCUAUAUAUUAUAUAACUAAAUUAGUGUUUGUAUUGUAAAAUAUAUAAGGUUUUCAAAAUGUUUAAGAAGCUGAAUUUAAAAUUAAAUUAAAAUGUUGUUUUUA